CCGGGGACUCAGUUCUCGCUCUAUUGCCGUCGCCGCAGGUCCUGGAGAAGCGGCCGCGGCCGGGGGACGGGGCGUCGCGGUUCCAACGAUUAACUGCUGAAGUACUGAUCGAGUUCUGCGUUUCUUCAAUGAGGAACUACAGGCUGAUCUUCUGCCAUAAUCUCAAACAGCCAUAAAUGACAAAAGAAUGCUUGCUCAGUGAGGGUAGCUGGUACAGAAGCCAUUUUUUAAACUUAGGUGUUUAAGUACUCAAAGAAAAGACAGCUUUGAUUUCUGGCUGCAAAAAAGAUAUGAGGAAGAGCUCCUCCCCUUCCUUGAGUAACUGCAACUCUGUUCUUGCUAACAAAAUAUUUGGAAUUCCACUUGAUGAGCUGCAGCAGGGAGGACAUCCAGACAAUGAGGUUCCGUUCAUAGUCCGCCACGUUGUGGACUAUAUCGAGGAACAUGGAGGUCUGGAGCAGCAAGGACUUUUUCAAGUCAAUGGAAAUGCUGAGACAGUGGAGUGGCUUCGACAGAGAUACGACAGCGGAGAAGAGGUGGAUUUGGUUAAGGAAGCAGAUGUUCCCUCAGCUAUUAGUCUUCUUAGAUUUUUCCUUCAAGAACUUCCUGAACCUGUUAUUCCUGGCAGUUUGCAUAUUCACUUGAUGCAGCUUUCUCAAGAUUAUAAUAAUGAAGAUGAAUUUGGAAGAAAGUUGAGGUUCCUUUUACAACAGCUUCCACCUGUUAAUUACAGUUUGUUAAAGUUUCUGUGUAGAUUUUUAGCCAAUGUAGCAUCACAUCAUGAAGAAAUUUGGUCUGCAAACUCUCUGGCUGCUGUCUUUGGUCCAGAUGUCUUCCACAUUUACACAGAUGUGGAAGAUCUGAAAGAGCAAGAAAUAGUGAGCAGGAUAAUGGCUGGACUUCUGGAAAAUUACUAUGAGUUUUUUGAGAAUGAAGAGGAAGAUUUCUCAUCUAAUGAUUUGAGUUCAAUUACUGAACAGGCAGGUAGCAGCGUUCUCCACAAGCUGGAGUCUGGAGAGCAGGCAUUUCACGAGGCCCUAGAGAAGGGAAUUACAGCAGUCAAAGAAAGAAGAGAUGUUAAUGAGCUUUCUGAGGAAGAAGAGGAAGAUGAAAAGCUGGAACAUAUAGAAGAACUUCCAGAAGAGGGUGCAGAAAAAUCAAGUGAUAUGGCAGAGGUGGUACAGUUAAGGAUGACUGAAAACAUCCUGGAACCAAAUAGUGUUACAGCAUCAACAAGUGCCCAUUUAUCUCCCAAUCAGCAUCUUACCAGCCUCUGCAGACAUUUUAGAAGAACAAUUAGAGCAGCUGUGGAACAGCAUCUUUUUGAUCUGCAGAGCAGCAUAGAUCAUGAUUUUAAGAAUUUACAACAGCAAAGUCUGGUGUGUAAUAAUGAAGCAGAAAGUAUUAAUUGUGAUGGGGAAGGAUCUAAUAACCAGGUUGAUAUUGCUGAUGAUAUUAUUAAUGCCAGUGAAAGUAACGGAGACUGUUCAGAACCUGUGGCUAGCACUAAUUUAGACAGUGAAGUUAUGCAGCAAGAUUUUGUAUUUGAAGAUGAAGAAAAUAACCAGUCUGUAGGUAUACUGUUAGAGCCAUGCAGUGACCACGGUGACAGUGAAGAUGGCUGUCUUGAGGGGAAAGAAUAUGUGUCAUUUGACAGUGAUACAUUGUCACACCUGAUUCUGGAUUCUAGUAGCAAGAUAUGUGAUUUGAAUGCCAACACUGAAUCAGAAGUGCCAGGAGGUCAAAGUGUUGGUGUUCAAGGUGAAGCAGCAUGUGGAACCCAAAUUCCACAUUUAGAUCUGAAGAAUGUUUCUGAUGGUGAUAAAUGGGAAGAGCCAUUUCCUGCUUUUAAGUCUUGGCAGGAAGACUCUGACUCUGGAGAAGCUCAGCUCUCUCCACAAGCUGGAAGAAUGAAUCAUCACCCCCUGGAAGAGGACUGUCCCCCAAUAUUAUCGCACCGUAGUUUAGAUUUUGGGCAAAGCCAGCGUUUCCUUCAUGACCCAGAAACACUGGAUUCCUCAUCUAAGGCACUUUCUUUUACUAGGAUUCGAAGAUCAUCCUUCAUCAAAGAUGAAAAAAGAGAAGAUAGAACACCAUAUCAGUUGGUCAAGAAACUUCAGAAAAAAAUUAGACAAUUUGAGGAACAGUUUGAAAGGGAAAGAAAUAACAAGCCCUCCUACAGUGAUAUUGCGGCCAAUCCAAAGGUAUUAAAAUGGAUGACAGAGCUUACUAAACUGCGGAAGCAAAUUAAAGAUGCAAAACACAAAAGCUCUGAUGGAGAAUUUGUACCUCAGACACGCCCACGUAGUAACACUCUUCCAAAAAGCUUUGGCUCUUCUCUAGACCAUGAAGAUGAAGAGAAUGAAGAUGAAUCCAGGGUUAUUCAGAAGGAGAAGAAGCCAUCUAAGGAAGCAACACUUGAACUUAUUCUGAAAAGACUGAAAGAAAAACGUGUUGAGAGGUGUCUUCCAGAAGAUAUCAAAAAAAUGACAAAAGAUCACUUGAUAGAAGAGAAAACUUCUCUCCAGAAAAGUCUUCUUUACUAUGAAAGUCAACAUGGAAGGCCGGUGACCAGGGAAGAAAGACACAUUGUGAAACCUCUCUAUGAGAGAUACAGACUUGUAAAACAGAUGCUGACAAGAGCUAGCAUCACUCCUGUCCUUGGAUCUCCAUCUACCAAGCGAAGGGGUCAGAUGUUACAACCAAUCAUAGAAGGAGAAACUGCCCAUUUUUUUGAAGAAAUCAAGGAAGAAGAAGAAGAUGGUGUUACUCUGUCCUCUGAGCUAACUGAUAUCUUGAAAACUGCUGUGCAGGCACAGUCUUCAUUGGAAAACUCUGAAUCUGAUGUUGAAGAAAAUCAGGAAAAACUGGCUCUGGAUCUCCGAUUGUCAAGUACUCGAGCAGCUUCUAUGCCUGAAUUACUGGAACAACUUUGGAAAGCUAGAGCUGAAAAGAAGAAGCUACGUAAAACGUUACGGGAAUUUGAAGAAGCAUUUUAUCAACAGAAUGGAAGGAAUGCCCAGAAGGAGGAUCGUGUUCCAGUGCUUGAGGAGUACAGAGAGUACAAGAAAAUUAAAGCCAAACUUAGGCUUCUUGAAGUUCUUAUCAGCAAACAAGAUUCUUCAAAAUCCAUAUAAAAUAUACUCCUUGAAAACAUCAUAAAAAUCAGUUGUAUUCCCUGAAGCAAUCAUCGUGUGUACUUGGCUGGUACUUGAGUUCAUUUUGUCAGGCACUCAGAAAGUAUCACUUUGUACUUGGUUGUGGUGCCACUAGAGAAUGAUGGGAGGGUAAGUAGACCCUCUCUAGGGAGCGUGGUGUUCCAUAUUAACCACAGACUGUCCUCUUCACCUUUAGCAAACAUCAGUUUUCUUCAUUGUUUUGUACUACAGAUACAUCCUGUUAGCAAAAGACUAGUACUUUAUUCUUUCAACUUCAAGAACUUUGGAGAUACAAGCUUUUUGUUGUUACCAACUUUGCUUUUAUUAUUAUUUUUUUAAUUACUGAAGAAAAUUGAGAGGAACAUCUUCACAUUGAAUUCUUCGGUUGCCUUUUUCUUACAGAAUGACUGAAAAUUUGAAAGAAAAGCCUAUAAAUGUGCACAUAUGCAACUAUGUCUUAUGUUUUCUUAGAAAACCAAACUCAAACUGAAAUUUCAAGUCCUACUGUGGAACACAUUUCUGUUUAAUUUCCAAAGUGAAAGUUUCUCACAGGUUAUAUGUUAGCAAAAUUUUGCAAUUCAGUGGUCACACAGCUCCUGGAUGAAGAUAACAGAGGGCACACCAAAAAGUGACCUUGUUUAUUAGUAUAGUGAACACACACACCACACAUCACACACAGAACUGAAUCAUUUCACAUGCUGCCUAUGGGACAUAAGUUACUGUUUGUUUCCUCAGUUAUUCUUUUUGAGCUGGUGAUGAUGUGAUUUGUCUGCAUCAGAUCCUGUACUUUUUCCUCCCACCCACCUCCAGAUAAUGUGAGAAAAUAGCCAUGUCUGUGUAGGAACACUGAUGGUGCUCAGAUUUGUGUGUGCAAUCAGAUGGGCCUAAGUUGGCAAAAGAGUCAUUAUGCGUGAAUCAAAUCUGUUCUUAACAAGGGCUAUACCACUGCAUUUUUUACAUGUACCUUCCAGGGGUCACAUCAUUUUUUUUUUCUCUUUUAAUUGGCAAAAUCCAUGAAGAAAACAUCCUCUAACAGGACCACUUUGGCUCAGCACAUGGUAUUUAAGGCAGCUGUGUAGUGGUGUUCAAAGAUGUCUAGUGGUAUGCCCCUUGUCAUAUACUCUAAGCUGAUUUUUUGUUCUUUGGCUUUGCAUGGCUUUCCUUCAAGUACUCUUCUGGUAUCAUUCUGCUCAUCGUUUUCACAGAAUGGUGACUUUAUUUGGGCUAACAGUAGUAAUAGCAUAUUCUGGUCAGGCUUAAUCUAAGUGUUAAUUCUUUUCUUGGUGCUUUUUUGGAUUGAUGAGUGUCUCACUUUGUGCCCAUGGUUUGCAUGCAUUGACUCAUGCGUGAUUUUCUUAACUAGCUAAUAUUAACAGUUCCAUGUAAAAAUGGACCUCUGCAACAUUCUUUAAUAAAAGUGAGGGAAGCACGAACCUCAGACUUGCAGCACUAUUACAUAGUAAGCACAUGAAGUAGCUUGAUAAUAAGUAGUGUUUCUAGUGUUUCACAUUUCACCUAUGUGUGCAAUGCCUUUUUCGGGGGGAGGGAAUGUUCAUUGGUGGUGAACAUGUAGUUUUACUGGGGAAUAAAGCACUAAAUCCAGCCCUUUUUGUGUGGUUUCCUUUUGGUAUGCCUAGGUUGUUCAUAACGUAUACCUAGAAAAAUGAAAUUGAAAAUGCCAAAACAAGUAUCAUAUCACUUUGAUUUGAAUCCAGCAUGCAGUGUGCAUUUAUUUCUUUCAGUCUCCAGACAGGAGUGUAUCCAAACAUCUAAUUUAAUGUGCACUGUGUAUUGUUUUAUAUGAAUGUUUAUAUAUACCACAUGCAAAAAUGUCCAUAUGCACUAUUUAAAUGUUUUAAAUAAUAUAUUCCUUCUUUAUAAUGCUAAAUCUAUAUGAGUACCAUAUUUUUAUAAGUCAGUGGCCUGACUGGUUUCAUUUUAGAAUUAACAGCUGCUUCAUGGUGUUGAUUAUUCACUGUUAAUGUUUGGCUGCGAGUAGAAUAGAUAAAAGUAGCAUGGCAGCACUUACGCUAUGUGACAGUACUUGUGUGUCAUAGUUGAGCAGUAGGUGGUAGAACUAGGCAGUUUGUGAUGAGUUUUACUUUGGUACAAGUAAAAACAGUAUAUCUAUAUACAAAUAAUAUAUAGAUAUAUAUGACCACCAAUAUAAUCGCAUUGCUGUGUCUGGCACUUCAUUGUAUAGACUUUUGUAAUAAAAGAACUUGAAUGUUCUAA